AUGCGUGAUGAUCUGCAAGUCGUCGAUUCCUUCAAGCGGUUGGCCUCCAGACGAAGCCGAGCAGAAGCACUUGAGGGGAUCGUUGCUGAGUUGGAUUCAUACGAACAGGCCGCCUUGCGGAACGCUUUGAAUGCGAAAGAGUUUCGGUAUGACAUCGUAGGGUCACUGCCACCUGAGGUAGUGAGCAUCAUCUUCAAACAUGUAGAGGUCGUGGACUUCUUUCGGUGCCAUCAAGUAUCAAGGCGAUGGAGGUCGCUGUUAGCCUCCAAAGAGGUCCUUCGGCAGAACCUGGGCUUCAUGCACUGGUACUCUGAUGCGGAGUUAGCUCAGGCCAGGAAGCUCUACCCCCGCGAUUGCGGUGGUUAUGAGUUCCUUCAGGGCAUGGCGAAGCGGAUGCACCGCUUCAAGCACGGCAACCCUUGCGACCACUAUCAAUUGCAUGCAACGCCGAUGUUAUUUUUUCAGGAACAGAGAAAGUCCAGUAGCGUCAUGUGUGGAGAAAGAAUCGCCUGGAUGGUGUUUUCGGACAAUGGAUCUCAAGCCAUUACAGUACUAAACCUGCGAACUCGGGAGUGCGUCGACUUCGUUGGGCAGGCCCGAGAACAUAUAUCUUGCAUUUCACUAGCAGAGGACGUUGUGUCAUAUGUGACCUUCUCAGGAGUCUGUUAUGUCGUCGAUCUUGAGACUCGGGAGAAACGCUACUUCAGAUUGCCGUCAUCGGAGCUGAUCUCCAUCACAAGCCGACACAGAACCGUAGCAGUCCUUCGAAAGGGUGCGGUAUCAGUGUGGAACUAUGAUGAGGGCUCGUGCCAUACGUUUCCGGUUAUGGAAGAGCCAUGCCUGGAGAAUUCAGGAGCUUCUGAGUUACAGCAGCCCCAGGACCUCCUUGUCCACCCGAUCAAGCGUACUGUAGACGUGUUCUGCUGCGGCAGUGAUGUAACCGGCCAAGGGUACAUCAGAUCCGCAAGGUAUAGCUUUUCUGGCGAGAAAAUCUCUGCCGUGACAGCUCCACUGCCGACAAUCCUCACUACGCACCCGCACUUACGAUCUCCCGUGUGGGAAAUCCAAGCGAUCGUUCCUCUGGACUGCAAGGGACGCUUCACAAUUCAUUUCGGGUGCAAGGAGACCCACUACUUUGAGCACGGACACUGGCACUCCAUGGUCUUUGACGACGUGUCCUGUAACUUCUCACGAAAAAGCCUUGAAAUUGUGGUUAUGAGUUUCAAAUACUGGAAGGAUGUCCUAUAUCCGCUGGAUAUGGCCAACGAUGGAUUCUACAUGACUCCGGUGGUCGUCGAUCCUUUGACAUCAAACAUACGCUUUGCCAACGGUGAACUACCCUGUAUAUACGACGUUCGAUACGACCCCAAGCCUCGUAACACGAUCACUCUGAGGUGUCAGGACAGGGAAGAGGGUCAUCUGCCGCCGGACGAUUCUGAACUUCUCUAUGUCAACGAUAGGUUCAUCGUUCUGUUUCGAUCUAUGGAGAUACACGUGUGGUGCUUUGAGGAACGCGACGUCCCCGCGGCAUGA